AUGCACUCCAAAGUUGUCAUCAUUGGCUCCGGCCCAGCAGGCCACACCGCUGCCAUCUACGCCGCCCGCGCAGACCUCAAGCCAGUCAUGUACGAAGGCUUCCUCGCAUUGGGAAUCGCAGCAGGUGGGCAACUCACAACCACCGAUGAAGUUGAGAACUUCCCUGGAUUCAAGAUGAUCAAGGGUACGACGUUGAUGGAUCAGAUGCGGGAGCAGAGUGAGGAGUGUGGUACGGAGAUUGUGACGCAGACGGUGGGAAAGAUUGACCUUAGUGCAAGGCCGUUCAAGUUUUGGUUGAACCCAAUGGGUGAUGAGGAGACUCUUGAAGAGGAGACGCAUACGGCGGAUAGUGUGAUCAUCGCUACGGGAGCGAAGGCGAGGAGGUUGGAACUUCCUGGCGAGGACAAGUUCUGGGGAAAUGGCGUGUCAGCUUGUGCGGUUUGUGAUGGGUCACUACCGAUCUUCCGGGAGAAGCCGUUGGUUGUGAUUGGCGGUGGUGACAGUGCGGUUGAGGAGGCACUGUACUUGACGAAGAAAGCCUCGAAGGUCACAGUCCUCGUGAGGAGAGAUCAGUUGAGGGCAAGCAAGACCAAUGCCCGAAGGUUGACAACGCAUCCAAAAGUUGAGGUGAGGUGGAACUCGCAGGGUGUGGAGAUCAAGGGUGAUGGGGGUCCGAAGGGCUUGAUGAAGAGUCUGGUGAUUAAGAACAACAAGACCGGGGAGCAGGAGGAGAUCCCGGCGAACGGCCUGUUCUAUGCUGUUGGUCACGAGCCAGCGACGCAGCUCUUCAAGGAACAGCUGAAGAUGGAUGAGGAUGGUUACCUGAUCACGACUCCAGGCACGACUGAGACGAAUGUGCCGGGUGUGUUUGCUGCUGGUGAUGUUCAGGAUAAGAAGUACCGCCAGGCAGUCACUUCAGCUGGCUCUGGCUGCAUGGCCGCCCUUGAGGCUGAGAAGUGGCUCGCUGAGAACGUAGAGGACGUGCCGAACGGCAUCGAAGGCGAUAGCGAAGUUAAGAAGGGCAAGCCUGAGGCGAACGGAGACGUGCCGGAGUACCGAUCCAACCCGCUGCUGUGA